UGGAUUUUCUUUCGUUCACUACCCGUACAGUAGGUGGCGGCAUGCACCUUUAACGUUUGUUUGUGGACCGCCAUAAUACCAGAGAAGAAGAGGACAUCGCUUAGAAAAUGGGGGCUUGCAUGGCCUUGUGCUCCCUUGCUAGCUGUGCCUCCUGUCUGUGUGGCUCCGCUCCGUGUCUGCUAUGUGGCUGCUGUCCCUCCUCCAGAAACUCCACCGUCACCCGGCUGGUGUUCUCCUUCUUUCUACUCCUAGGGACCCUGGUGUCUGUCAUCAUGAUCCUCCCUGGCAUGGAGGCACAGCUCCAAAAAAUCCCAGGCUUCUGUCAGGGUGCGAGCACCAUACCAGGCAUGGAGAACCAGUUUAACUGUGAUGUCAUUGUGGGCUACAAGUCGGUGUACCGCAUGUGCUUCGCCAUGACCUGCUUCUUCUUCCUCUUCUCAGCCAUCAUGGUCCGUGUCCAGAGCAGCAAAGACCCGCGUGCAGCCAUUCAGAAUGGUUUCUGGUUCUUUAAGUUUCUGAUCCUGGUCGGCAUCACUGUGGGAGCCUUCUUCAUCCCGGAUGGAACCUUCCAUACUGUAUGGUUUUACUUUGGCGUGGUUGGCUCUUUCAUCUUCAUCGUCAUCCAGCUUAUCCUUCUCAUCGACUUUGCCCACUCUUGGAACAAGACAUGGGUGGGGAACGCCGAAGAGGGCAACUCAAAGUGCUGGUUUGCAGGCUUAUUGUCGUUCACCUUCCUCCACUACGCACUGGCCUUCACCUCAGUGGUGCUGUUCUACAUAUACUACACCCAGCCUAACGACUGCACCGAGCACAAGGUCUUCAUCAGCCUCAACCUCAUCAUCAGCGUCAUCAUCUCCAUCGUCUCCAUCCUGCCCAAAGUACAGGAAGCCCAGCCCCAGUCUGGUUUGCUCCAGGCCUCUCUCAUCUCCCUCUACACCAUGUAUGUCACCUGGUCCGCCAUGACCAACAACCCAAACCGUAAGUGUAACCCCAGCCUGCUGAGUCUGGUGUCAAAUGUCAGCUCCAGUGAGCCCACACCCACAAGUGCCCCAGGACAGGUGCAGUGGUGGGACGCCCAGAGCAUUGUGGGUUUGGUCAUCUUCCUCUUCUGCACUCUCUAUGCCAGUAUCCGUUCGUCCAGCAACACCCAGGUGAACAAGCUGAUGCAGACCGAGGAGGGCGGGAGUUAUGGAGGAGAGGGCGAGGUAGGGGAGGACGGUGUGCGAAGGGCCGUGGAUAAUGAGGAGGAGGGGGUCACCUACAGCUACUCCUUCUUCCACUUCCACCUCUGCCUGGCCUCCCUCUACAUCAUGAUGACACUCACCAACUGGUACCAGCCUGACACCACCACCCAGGCCAUGCAGAGCAGUAUGCCAGCUGUGUGGGUGAAGAUCAGCUCCAGUUGGCUGGGCCUGGGCCUCUACCUCUGGACCCUGCUCGCCCCUCUCAUGUUUCCCGACCGAGACUUCAGCUGAACAGCCCCACAUGGUGUCACCAUGGGCUUGUAAGAUGUUGUGUGGAAGUUUAUUAUAUAUUUUUUUAAAUACGAGUCAGCAUUUUUGCAUUGGUCUCUAUUGGUGUGUUUAAUCUUGGUUUUGUUUUGAUUUAUUUUAUUUGACAUGUUAGGUCUUUUAUCUAUGAUUAUCACUACAUUGUUAGGUAUUAUUGGACGCUUUUAAUAUCCAUACUGAGAAUGUUUUAUUGAUUUAGCCAUUCAAUUAUUUUAUUUGCCUAUAUGCAAAACUGCACUUAACUCUGUCUACCUUAACACAAUCUUCUGAGAUGAGCAUCGGUUUGUCCCAGAAUGCACAUUAGUGAACUAUAGCAAAGACUUGAUAACAGGCGCUUAUUACCUAACUUUUACAAUAAUAUAUUAGUUGGGAUUCCCAUGUUGUUAAAGUAGGCCUGGUUCCAGUUGAUUGUAUUUGUUUUUAUUAUGGAUCCCCAUUAGCUGCCACAAAGCUACUCUUCCUGGGGUCCAGCGAAAUUAAGGCAGUUCUACAUAUAUUUUUUUAAACAUUACACUACAUUCACAAAAUAAGUGUGUGCCCGAGGUUGGGGAUUCCCCCUCAUUGGCUGAGCUCCCGCAGUUCUGGAGCUUUAAGAGUGACCCUCUCCAGAGCCCUAGAGAGACGAGGGAGAUAAACCAGGGGGGCACACCCUCGAGGGGGUUCUCCGAGUCUGAGCCCUCUUACUGAAAUAAUGUAAUAUGUACACAUCCUGAUUUAAUGUUCACUGGACUGUGAAGUAUCAACCUACCCCCUGCUCUUAACUACAUAUUUCUGAACCCUGGAGGUCAGUUGUAAUGCCUCCUACCUACCCCACCCUAAGGCUUAGCUCUCUACCCCAACUAUGCCUGAUUCACGUAGGGCCGACCUGAAAUGUACUGUGCUGGUUCAGAUAUUUUCUUUUCACAUGAUCCUUUCUAGCACGGUUCCAGAAACUAUGGUGGAUGCAUAUUCAGGGCAGUACAGCUCAGACUUGGUUUGGCUCAGGAGUGUGAUACUGGUACUACAUGUUAACUCGAAAUGACACAACGAAAAGGUUGCAGUUUAACAAAGUUUACUAUACCGUAUGAACACACUACAAGGUACCCAUUACACUCAAGGCUAGGUCCAUCAACCACCAGACUUCCUGCGCAUGCGCACUAUUGACUGAGUGAUAGCCCCGUAAUAACAGAAAUAUGGGGAUACUUAAAACAUGAAUUUAACACUACAGUGCUCUCAAACCCAACCGUAGCCCAUUUAACUCUGGUGCUACACCAUGCCCUGUCCCUGAAGACAUCUGUGUUUCUGCUCUAUCUCUAGCCCUGUUUCUGGGUGUUCUAUUGCCAUAGUCAUGGGUCAGUGCUAGUACAUGCUUGUAUCUGCAGUGAGGUGACGUAUUCUGAGCCGAUAGUGUCAAUCUCUUGGGAGCAGUUUCUCGGACGCAGAUUAUUUUAUUUCACCUUUAUUUAACCAGGUAGGCUAGUUGAGAACAAGUUCUCAUUUGCAUCUGCGACCUGGCCAAGAUAAAGCAUAGCAAUUCGACACAUACAACAACAGAGUUACACAUGGAAUAAACAAAACAUAGUCAAUGCAUUAGAAAAAAAAGAAAACAAAGUCUAUAUACAGUGAGUGCAAAUGAGGUAAGAUAAGGGAGUUAAGGCAAUAAAUAGGCCAUGGUGGCGAAGUAAUUACAAUAUAGCAAUUAAACACUGGAAUGGUAGAUGUGCAGAAGAUGAAUGUGUAAGUAGAGAUACUGGGGUGCAAAGUAGCAAGAUAAAUGAAUAAGUACAGUAUGGGGAUGAGGUAGAUGGAUGGGCAGUUUACAGAUGGGCUAUGUACAGGUGCAGUGAUCUGUGAGCUCCUCAGACAGCUGGUGUUUAAAGCGUAGUCCUGGACUAAGAAGAUAUUUCAAUUGAGAUUUUCCAUUGACCAUGGUUUUUAGCCUCCCGGGCUAGGCUUAAUCUGUGGCUGGAAAACUCCCUUGAAGUCUACAGGGGUUUAGGUGAGGAAGUGGGAUUCUGAACCUCACUUCUGCUCUGAAAAUGCCAUAUGUUGCCACGAUGUUACGGAGUCCGUUAAUUAAUCAGUCAUUAGUGUACAGCUCUAUAACAAUGCAUUUCAAGAACGAUAUGUUGGUGUUCGAUGAUUUAAUUUGUUAUAAUUCAAUGGAUAUUGCUUUCAAAUUUGAUAAUUAUGAGUUGUUGCAUAUUUCAUGUCAGAUUAUUUACCUCUUAAUGGAUAUGAAGUUUCCCAAUGUGACUGAAAUAAGAUCAAUAUGUUUCACUCAUGGUGAAAAGAUUGGUGUACUUAAGAGAUGUGAAAUGUUUAAAUUGCUGGUCUAUUGAAGAAUCUUGACUGAACUAUACUAAUUAUAAAAAUACAAUAUUUAACCUUUAUUUAACUAGGCAAGUCAGUUAAGAACACAUUCUUAUUUUCAAUGACUGCCUUGUUCAGGGGCAGAAUGACAAGAGUUUUACCUUGUCAGCUCGGGGAUUCGAUCUAGCAAUCUUUGUUACUGGACCAACGCUCUAACCACUAGGUUACCUGCCGACCCAGUACAAACAUUUGAGUAUUGUGAAUAUGAUUGUUUUAAAGUGAAAUUGAAGACCAUAAUUAAAUUCUGUUAAACAUUAAAGUGUACAGAACACGUUCCUAAUGUUGAGUUGCCCACCUUUUUGCCCUCAGAACAGCCUCAAUUUGUCAGGGCAUGGAAUCUACAAGGUGUUGAAAGCAUUCCACAGGGAUACUGACCCAUGUUGACUCCAAUGCUUACAACAUUGCAGUUGGCUGGAUGUCCUUUGGGUGGUGGACCAUUCUUGAUACACACGGGGAAACUGUUGAGCGUGAAAAACCCAGCAGUGUUGCAGUUCGGUGCGCCUGGCACCUACUACCAUACCCCGUUCAAAGGCACUUCAAUCUUUUGUCUUGCCCAUUCACCCUCUGAAUGGCACACACACAAUCCAUGACUUAAUUGUCCCAAGGCCUAAAAAUCAUUAUUUAACCUGUCUCCUCCCCUUUAUCUACAUGGAUUCAAGUGGAUUUAACAGGUGACAUUAAUACGGGAUCAUAGCUUUCAGCUAGAUUCACCUGGUCAGUCUGUCAUGGAAACUCAGUGUAUUGUACAGUAUAUGUUGAAUGUGAGCAUAAUGUAUUAUGGUUCAUUGCCCAUACAGAUGAAUUAACCCAAGCAUGAUUUCAAGUGAUGAUCCUUCAGUAUUGAAUGAAGAAUUAUCAAGGGUGUUUUUGAGAACAACAUUGAGUGCCUUUUUAUAUUAAUGCAUUUCAAAAAGAGCUACUGGUAGAUACAAAUUCAAACCUGCACUAACGUGGCUUCCACAUUUUGUGUUAAAUGAUGGCGAGACAAUAGCAUGUCACAAGGAGUGUCUCAGCUAAUUUCAUAGUUUGGUUAUAUAGGUACAGUAUCUGCAAAUUCUCUUUUUCAAUAAAAUCAUCAACAUAAUCCCAUAAAGGUAUUAAAAAAAUAUCAUCUUUAUAGUAUACUAUCUAUAAUAAGUUCUUCAUAAUUGCAGUCAGAUUAGUGCUCAUGUUGCCCACUAGGUGGAACUGAAGUUCCUUAAAUAUUUUUUUCCAUACUGUUAUCAGAACCCAUACUACACAGGAGACUGCAUGCAGUACACUACAGAAAUGUUAUAAGGAUAUUUUCUAAUCAACGGACAGGUUGCUCAGAGCUUUACCCUGUGCUCUGAGAAACUUGAACUGCGAAGAGUGAACGUGAUGUGACCAAUAAACCCUGUCCUCUGGAUGUUGUUGAUUGUA